CCCUUCUCACGCUUGCGCAAUUGCAAUGUUCCCCUGUCUCGCUGUGGUCCCGCCCUCCUCUCUCGCUGUUGGCUGGUCAGUCUGCUGAGGCCCAGUCACUGUCCUGUGUGAGGAGAGCCCGCCGCUCUACGCCGCGCCCGGGCCUGAGCCUGAGAAAAAAAAAAAAGAAAAAAAAAAACAACAAGAGGAAGGAGAGGGAGAGGAGAGAACAGCAGCAGCAGCAGUGACGCGGCGGAGGUGUAGUUUGACGCGGUGUGUUACGUGGUGGGGAAGAGAAUAAAAAAAGCCCAGCGAGAUCCCAGCCGCGAACGAAAGCAGUGACGGAGGAGAGGCAGUGUAACCCGGUAACUAAAUGACCAUGGAAUCUGGUGCAGAGACCCAGCAGAGUGGAGAUGCAGCUGUCACAGAGGCAGAAGCCCAACAGAUGACCAUACAGACCCAGCCACAGAUUGCAACGUUAGCACAGGUAUCCAUGGCAGCUGCACAUGCAACAUCCUCGGCCCCCACGGUGACAUUAGUCCAACUUCCCAAUGGACAGACCGUUCAAGUACAUGGAGUCAUUCAGGCAGCACAACCUUCUGUCAUACAAUCUCCACAAGUACAGACGGUGCAAAUUUCCACAAUUGCAGAGAGUGAAGAUUCUCAAGAAUCAGUAGACAGUGUUACAGACUCUCAAAAACGCAGAGAAAUCCUGUCCAGGCGGCCGUCUUACAGGAAAAUUUUAAACGACUUGUCUUCGGAUGCACCGGGUGUUCCGAGGAUUGAGGAGGAAAAAUCCGAGGAGGAGACAUCCGCACCUGCUAUAACAACUGUGACUGUUCCAACACCCAUCUACCAAACAAGCAGUGGCCAGUACAUUGCCAUUACCCAGGGAGGAGCAAUACAGCUUGCAAACAAUGGCACAGAUGGUGUCCAAGGGCUUCAAACUUUAACGAUGGCCAAUACAGCGGCAACACAACCUGGAACCACAAUCUUACAGUAUGCGCAAACCACAGAUGGGCAGCAAAUACUGGUUCCCAGCAAUCAAGUUGUUGUACAAGCUGCCUCAGGGGAUGUACAGACUUAUCAGAUUCGCACAGCACCCACAAGCACGAUUGCCCCAGGGGUGGUUAUGGCAUCCUCACCUGCACUCCCUGCUCAGCCAGCUGAAGAAGCCGCACGGAAGAGGGAAGUGAGGCUUAUGAAAAACAGAGAAGCAGCACGAGAAUGUCGCAGAAAGAAGAAGGAAUAUGUAAAGUGUCUAGAGAACAGGGUGGCUGUCCUUGAAAACCAAAACAAGACAUUGAUUGAAGAACUCAAAGCACUAAAGGACCUCUAUUGCCACAAAUCUGAUUAAGGAGGAAAAUCUUCUUGAGUUUUCCACUCUUUCUAAAAUAGACUGGUUUAACCACAACUGGACAAUUUUUGUUUUAUUUUCUAAACAAUGUCUCUGCUCUGCGCAAAACUGCCUCACACCAACUAUAGGAUUUCAUUCAUGCUUUUGCAUUAAAAUUAUGAAUGCUCCUAACUCCUGCCUCCAAGCCCCAGAGAGAGUUGCCCCUCUGUCUUCAGGAUUACAAAAUGGAAAAAGAGACUUUUUUUCUUUUUUAAUCAUAUUUUUUUUUGUUAGCUAUCAUGGGUUUUCCUUCCCAUAUUUGUUCAGCCAAGUUAGUGCAGGUUGAGCUUGUAUAUAAUGCAUUUCAGGCCUAUCUUAAAUGGCCCUUAGUACAGUUAUCUACUGUAGUGUGAAGACAGAGGCUUUUUAACUGCCCUAUUCCACUCAUCCAUUAUACUCCAGUAUUUUUGAGUCUUUUGUAUAGAACGUUUAGAUGAUGUCGAAAAUGUGUCUUUUCAUAUAGUCAUUCGGAUUGGUCAAAAAGGACAUCCAAUGCAAACCGAACGAUCUUACACCUUUUUGUCUUGUAUGAGCAGGUAAAUUUUGGUCUAGAACGUUUUCACUUUUUCCCUUGGACUAUCAGGUCAAAGUCUCACAGCCCGCUUGUUAUCCAGAGCAAAGAUUAAUGGUCAACAUGUACAACUUGACAAUUUCCGGCAGAUUCGCUGAUUUACUACAGAAGGGAGAGACAUUCUAAGCACACUGAGGUGCAGUUCUAAACUUUCAAUUUCGUGAAAAGUCUAAAAGGAUGAGAACUGGCGUAACCCUCGGGCAAUCAAAUCCUCCUAAAUAUUGGUCCGUGGAACUUGUCUAUCCAAGUUUAUAAGAAAAAAGGAAAAAAGAAAAAAAAAGUUUAUAUAACCGCUUGAACUUUGCAAUGAACUUUAUGGCUGAUUUUAAAAAAACUGUGCAAAUGAUUCUUUAUGAACCAAACCCAAAUCCCGAUCACCAGCAGCCUAGCGUGGAAAUAUUUGGGGGGCAUCCAUGUGCAAACCUAUGGGAGAAAAAACAAUGUACCCAUCCCUUACCCCAUCCCCCUUAUACCACAAAAUUCUGAAUUUGACAACAUAAAAAAAGUGAAAAAUGUACAGUGUAGACUUUAUCAUAUGUUAAAACUGUUUGGCAGUAUCCUACAUGCAAUGGAUAUGUGGCCAUUAGUUUACUUCAGCUAGCGAUAACUUUUUGUUUUGUUUCUUCAGCCUUUUUAAUGGAAGCUUUGUGUUUUGGGAUUUGUCUUGUAAAAAUAUUUUAUGUUAAGUAGAAUUAUCAUGUACCAUUUGAAAUACAUUUUGUAUUUUAAAACUACAA